AUGACUUGUGACAGCUUAUAAGGUAUAUUGUUCGAGGUAUACGUCACGAUUACCAAUGGUGAUGGUCCCAGACAGCAGGUUGGCGGUCUGUACAUAUGGUAAUACAUCUGCUUUCUUCUCAGAGCAACCACGUCGUCCGUCAUAACCCAGACUUUGAGAAUGGCGCCUGUAGAACCUUUCCGUGUCAAGAUGGUGGAACCGUUACCAAACAUCACCAGGGACGAGAGAGUGAAUAAAAUGCUGGAAACUGGUUACAACCCUUUCAAGGUUCCAGAUCGACUGGUUACAUUUGAUCUUUGGACGGAUUCUGGAGCAACGGCAAUGAGCAGUCAGCAGUGGGCAGCCAUGAUGGAAUCAGAAGAAGGGUCUUUUAUUCCUGACAGUUAUUUCCAGUUCUGUGAAACCGUUGAAUCUCUUACAGGUUUCCCUCAUAUACUGCCAGUUCACCAGGGAAGGGCAGCGGAGCACGCUCUCUUCUCGGUGCUCGUUAAGCCAGGGUUUAAACUCUUCAGUAACACAUUCUAUGCUACAACUAAAGGCAAUGCUCAACUUGUUGAAAUGACAACUACCCAACUUCCUUGCACGUGGGUCGAUGGUGCACCUUUCAAUGGUAAUAUCGACUGCGAGAAACUGGAAGAAGAACUUGCUGGGUUGGAGUCAGACCAUGCUAUGGUUGUCCUGACACUGACCAGCAAUAACCAGGCAGGACAGCCAGUAUCCAUGGCAAACAUGAAGCGUACGUCUGAGAUUUGCCAUGAGAAGGGUAUUGUUAUGUUUAUGGACGGAUGUCGCUUUGCAGAAAAUGCCUACUUUAUCAAAAUGCGUGACAGGACGUAUGCAAACUGUUCGGCCAGAGACAUUGCUCGUGAGAUGUUUUCCUAUUUCGACGGUUUGUACCUAUCCGCUAAAAAGGACGGAUUGUGCAAUACUGGUGGACUUCUGGCAGUCAGAAAUGAAGACCUGUUCUUGGAACUUCGGGUCCGGUUAAACCAAACAGAAGGGAAAUGGAGACUCGGAGGUCUUGCCAGCAGAGAUCACCGAGCCAUUGCGACAGGAUUAUUGGAAGGCAUUGAAGACAGAUAUUUGAAGUAUCGCAUUGAAACACUGGCACAGUUCGGAGAUUUACUGAAGAAAGCUGGAGCGGCUGUUGUUGAACCGGUUGGAAGUGCAGUGUACGUCAACGCCGCUAAAUGCUUGCCUCAUAUUCCAACCUACCAGUAUCCAGCUUGGGCCCUGAACUGUGCCCUGUUUGUUGAAGGGGGCAUACGUGGAACUCAUCUUCCAGAUGUCUUGUAUGUCGAGGACAGUAGUGACCGUGACCAUCGGAAACAUUUCGUUAAACUCUGCAUUCCAAGGAGAGCGUACACCUUGUCGCACUUGAUUUAUGUUGCAGACAUAUUCAAACAAAUUAUAGCGAAAAUGGAAAGAGUGUCUGGAAUGAGAAUUGUCAACGGAGACCAUUAUUACAAAGUUGAGAUGGCACCCGUGGUGUAAACCUUCUGUGAACACCGAGAAUACGACUCGACAGACCAGCACACAACAACCCUCCCUUACUCGUGCAACGGUUGUCCUUUCUGCAUUAAUUUCUCAUUUAGAAAAUGGAGACAUGUAGUUUGCAAGGGAAAGCGUGUAUACAUAGUUUGUUUUUUUGUGGAGUUUUUUGUGCAAAAUUUA